AGAAAUUUGGUUGAGUGAGUGAGAGAGUGAGUGAGUCGUAGUUGUAGUUGUAGUUGGUUGUUCCUGUUGAGCGUUGAGGUUGAGGUUGAGGUUGAGGAGGUGGAGGCUAUAGUCUAUAAUUGUAUAUGGUAUAUGCAGGGUGUGGUGGUGUAUGGCUAAAUGUGAAGGCAGCGUCCUGAGCCUCCACCAGCUGCAAGCGAUGAGCUCAGAAACAACAACAACAACAACAACGACGACGACAGACGCAGCCUCCCGCGCCGCCAGCAAGCGGUUCGAGGGCCUCCUGACAGUCCGCACGAAGGCCAUCAAGGGGAAAGGGGCCUGGUACUGGGCCCACCUGGAGCCCAUCCUCCUCCCCCACCCGGACACGGGCCUCCCCAAGUCCGUCAAACUCAAAUGCUCCCUCUGCCACUCCCUCUUCUCCGCCUCCAACCCCUCCCGCACGGCCUCCGAACACCUCAAGCGCGGCACCUGCUCCAACUUCACCUCUUCGCUUCCCUCUCCCCUCCCCAUUUCUUCCAUCACCCCCUCCUCCAAUCGCAAGCGCCCCUGCUCCUCC